AUGGCUUCCAACGUCAAGUUCAACGCGCCCCUGGCCGUCACCCACAUCGGAACAGCCACAGCCAUUAUCCACGUUGACGGCAUCAACCUCCUGACGGACCCCGUCUUCUCGCCCGCCGGCACCGAGUGGGACUUGGGUGUUGCGGUGCUCAAGAUCUCCGACACCCCCGCGAAGGGCUUGGCCGAUCUCCCACAUAUCGAUGCAGUACUCCUCAGCCAUGAGGAUCACCCCGACAACCUGGAUGAGCCGGGGCGCGCGACCCUUGACGGGAGGCAUGUGUUCACCACUCCUGACGGUGCGAAGAAGCUGGCGCCGAGGCCCGGUGUGAGGGCUAUCCAGCCUUGGGAAACCCUCCCCCUGGAUAUCGGCGGCAAGCGCUUCGAGAUCAUUGGCACGCCCUGCGAGCACCUUCCCGGCGGCGAGGUCACUGGCUUCAUCGUCUCGGCCCCGUCUUUUGGCACCACCGAUGGCAAGCCCAAUGUCAUCUACUUUUCGGGUGACACCAUCUAUCUGCCUGAGCUGGCCAAGAUGAAGGAGCGCUUCCAUAUCUCGGUCGCCCUGCUCAACAUCGGCAAGGCGACUGUCGCGCUGCCCACCGGCUCGCUGGCGAUUACCAUGGACGGCGCGGACGCUGCGAAGCUGUUCAAGGAACUUGAGGCCGACGUGCUCAUUCCGAUGCACUUUGAGUCGUGGGGGCACUUUGCUGAAAAGAAAGAGGAGCUCGCGGCGUCGCUCGAGAAGGAGGGGGUGAUGGAUAAGGUGCUGUGGCUGGAGCCUGGAGUGGAGACGAAGCUUGCUUAG